AUGGCUUCCUCCCUUGACGGCUGUGUCGCCUCCCUCCGCUCCAGCAUCUCGCUUCUCGACUCAUCCAUCAGCAUCUUAGACUCCGGCGUAAACGAUUUCCCACGACUUGCAAAAGUGCUCCAAACAACUCGACACUUCGAGCUCACCUCCGAGUCCCAACUUCAAUCUGCCCAAUCCGCACUGCUCUCUGAGAUCAGCCCCGAAGUAGCAGCAUUGCUCGAUCGCGUUGCAGGCUAUCUCGACAAGCUUGAGCGGCGCGAGAAGAGUCUCAUCGCCAAAUACGAGCUUCAAGCGGGACGACUCAAUGAAGAUGUCCCUGCUCCACGGCAAAACAAAUUUCCACAACGGGAGAGCAAACCGACCCGAAGCGGCAGUGCAGGCGCUAGCGGUGCCGGGGCUGCGUUAGGGAAUAUGAAGGCCAUGCAGCUGAGGCAGAAGAAAGAGAGGCUGAGCUAUGCGGUUGAGCGCCUGGAGAUGCAGGCGAAGCAACAGGAGCGGCGGUUGAGGAUGAGUAUGGCUGCACCGGGACCUUGA